AUGCUUCGUCUGAAGUCUCAAAGAGUCCCUUUGGAGAAGAAUAUUCUGACGUUAGUGUUCAAUAUUGGAUCAGAAGCGCGUCUUCUCCAUACUUGCAAGUUUUACUCUUCGACGCUUCCAUGCUUCCAAGAAAAAGUACGCGAAUGUGGCGACGACAAACAAAAACGAGUAAUGUCCGAAGUUUCAAAGACAAUAAUGUAUCUGUGCUCUCCAUUCAGUCUCCAAAGGCAAAGAGCUGUAAUCGAACAUCAGAAAUGCAUAUCUUCAGUACUAUCGCUACCCGCUUCAACGGGAUGCGAUUUGAACGACCAUGAAGAUGGAAGAAGCGUUCUUGCUUGCAAAAAAGAAUGCUCGACACGUGGCUCCGAUUUCAUCUGCAUGAUGCGAACAUGGAUCUCUGAGCAAAACACGUGCACAUUGCGUGAUAUUCAACAAAAAUGUGGAGACUCCGCAUCAAAUUUAUUCCAAGAGUUUCAACGGACCGUAUUUGAGCCGAAUUAUCCAAUCGUUUGCAAUAGUGGAAAUGAAACUCUUAAAAUCCCCGAGAAGAAGCAGGAAUUGGUUAAGGAAAGGAAGAUCAAACAGCAUAGAAAGCCGCUACGAAAAUCAAAAACGGAAAUUGAAGAGGUUGCAUUAGUAUUAACAUCACCAGCCACCUCAACGGCAGAUAAUAUUUACAUUCCGCCAAUUACAUAUCAUCAUCAUCAAAUGCAUAAACCACAACCACAAAAUAAUACCGUAUUCCCUGUCUCACAGCAUAGUUUGCUGAGCAAUUCAAAUCUUCAAUUAUGGAAUCGAAAUACCCAAAAAAAUGAAGAAGAUUUCGUCUUCACUACUCAACAUCCAUUAUUCACAACUACGGAAGUUGGAGCUACACCCAAACGCCAUAAGGUGAUUGAUAUCUUAAAAAGUUUGAUUCCAUCAAGCAUACCGGCGCAGUUGACAGCCCUACUAGAAAAUGGUAUUGAACAGGAAGCAUUUCCGGAGAGCUUUAAUUAUAAUACUCCACCGGCAUACUAUUCCAAUAAUAAAAUAGAGUCCCUUUCCCCAUAUGAGCUACCGAUAACUAUGCCAUCGCCCAAGACUUCUGUAAUUCCACCGAGGCCAGUGACAACAAACUAUCCAAUUACUUAUACAACACGACAAGCUUUUGCACCAUCAAGAACGUCGUCGAUUUAUAAUAUUGUAACUCCUAAAUGGAAGCCGUGGUAUCUUGGAGGAUCGAAGUAG